UGAAGAAAACUGAAUUCAUCGAAUAUCAUCAAUUUUUCUUUUGGUUUCUGGUCUAUUAUAUUUGUUGUUAUUUAAUAUAAAGUAAAAGAAAAUUUUGCCGUAAUAAUCACUAUAAAAGGCAUUACGCUAUACAAAAUGCUUUUGUAAAAAAAUUCACGUUUUCCUCUUUGGAAAAAUGAAAAAUCUGAAGAAUCCAGAACUAACCCAUCUACUAGGUUGCAAUCAAAAUCAUCACUAUCCAAUGGGUUCAUCAUGGUUCGGUCAUGUUCGAAUCUACAAAAUUAUUCUAACUUUGUUGGUUUUGUUAUUAGUAUUGUCUUUGUUUGUUCACAGAAAUUUAAGAUAUCCUGAAAAUGAUAUUCCAUCAAACAUGGUGCAUAGAUCACGCUCCCAACUGGAUGCUUAUGAAGAUUUCAGUAGUAUGAGGGCAAGCGAUUUGAAACUACGAAUAGAGGAAAUGCUAAGAAUAAAGAAUACAGUGUCCAUCGAACUUCGGGAACUUGAAUCACGGCGACAAAAACUACAAUCCGAUAUAGGAAAAUAUAAUCAAAAAAUCGAAGAUCUUAAGCAGGAGCUCCUUCGCGAACAAACUGAGUUGGAGCGACUCAAAAUUUCGGUGGAACAAGCUCAAGUCGCUCAACGAGAAGCUGUCCAGCGAAACACUCCUGACCUGGCGCUUCCUAAAGCCAUAUAUCCUAAUUCAUACUCCAAAAUAAGCAGUCCCCUGCCCCGUCAUGCUGUUGCCAGCUGUGAAAUGCAUAAUUGCUUUGACCAUUCUCGUUGUAGUCUUACCUCCGGAUUCCCCGUUUAUCUCUAUGACCCGGACAAAUAUAGCGUACUUAAUGCUGGCUACGAUAUCGAUGGUUUUCUUAAAACAACCAUAAAACAAACCCUUGGUUAUAAUGCACACAUUGUAAAAGAUCCCAAAAUUGCUUGUAUUUAUUUGGUACUAGUUGGAGAGGCAAUGCUUGAAAACGAUGUUAUUAAAAGCAAUCGCUAUCCAACAAAGGAUUCAGCUGAACUGAAUGCCAUAACCAACAAAUAUCCCUUGGACAUGGCUAAGUUAUACAAACUACCAUUCUGGGGAGGCGAUGGAAAAAAUCAUGUUCUUUUAAAUCUGGCACGUCGGGAUUUGAAUUCAUUUGGAACAAACAUCAACGAACAAAAUACAAUGAAGGCCAUUAUUGUGCAAUCUUCAUUUGAUCGUCUAAGGUUUCGAAGAAGCUAUGAUUUAGUUGUUCCUCCGGUGAUUGGCCCACCUGGUGGAGAUGUUUGGCAAGAGUGUGCAGUAAUGGUACCAGCGCGUCGUCUUUAUCUGUUGACUUUUCAGGGAGAAAUGCGGCCUUUAGCGAAUCGCCCAACUGUCAACUCUUUAGAUGAAUUUAUAUUAGAAUACUUGAAUGAUAUGUCUCAAGGAUCAACUCAAGAUAAAAUUUUAAUUCAGUUUGAAUGUAUUCCUGCUACAGAACAGCAUGGUCAAGAUUCACAAAGCGAUUGGGCUCUAUGCGGAACGGAUUCGUCACGAAAAAAUGUAUUGAAGGAUUCAACGUAUGCACUUAUACUGCCGCCACCAGGUGGCAAUCGAGUAAGCUCAACGCUUAUGUUGGCAAGAUUGUAUGAAUGUUUGCGGUCGGGAGCUAUUCCAGUUAUUUUAGGAGCUGAUGAGAUUCGUCUGCCAUAUGAAGAUACAGUUGAUUGGAAAAGAAUUUCCUUAAUGCUGCCAAAAGCUCGAAUAACCGAAUUACAUUUUCUACUUAGAGCUGUACAAGAUGCAGAUUUGUUAAUGAUGCGACGACAAGGACGUCUUAUUUGGGAGCGGUACCUUAGUUCUGUUCAAGCCACAGUAGAUACUGUUAUUGCAAGUUUAAGAGAUCGAUUAGGAAUACCACCUAGGCCGGUGCCGUCAGUAAUAGCUCAAUCUGUUUUCAACAAUACUUUUAUACCAUUAAAAUCAGAUCCGCCAGUGCUUGACGCAGAACCAGAAGAGUCAUUGGGGCCAAUCGAGCCACCAUAUCCAAGUCCUCAAUUCCGAAGAAACUAUACGAUUCUUAGAUUGCAAUCACGAGAGUCAUGGAAUGAUUGGGUCGAUCCGUUCUAUUUGUACCCUCAGCUUCCAUUUGAUCCAGUUUUACCAUCGGAAGCAAAGUUUUUAGGUUCUCAUAUGGGAUUUAGGCCCAUAGGAAAAGGAAGUGGGGGAGCAGGAAAGGAAUUUAGUGAGGCUUUAGGAGGAAAUUAUCCUCGAGAACAGUUUACUAUUGUAAUGCUAACAUAUGAGCGUGAACAAGUGCUGAUGGAUUCACUUGGACGAUUGUACGGUUUGCCGUAUCUUCAUAAAGUCGUGGUUGUAUGGAAUUCGCCCAAAUCUCCUCUAGAUGAUUUACGUUGGCCGGAUAUUGGAGUUCCCGUUUCAGUGGUUCGUGCACCACGUAAUUCACUCAAUAACCGUUUUCUUCCCUUUGAUGUUAUUGAAACUGAAGCUGUGCUUUCUGUCGAUGAUGAUGCUCAUUUGCGGCAUGAUGAGAUCCUGUUUGGUUUUCGAGUGUGGCGAGAACAUAGAGAUCGAGUUGUGGGCUUUCCUGGGCGCUUUCAUGCAUGGGAUCUAAAUACUAAUCACAAUUGGAACUACAACUCUAAUUAUAGCUGUGAGCUAAGCAUGGUUCUAACCGGAGCUGCUUUUGUUCACAGGUAUUAUUUGUAUCUUUAUUCGUAUUAUCUUCCGCAAGCCAUAAGAGAUAAGGUGGAUGAAUAUAUGAAUUGUGAGGACAUUGCUAUGAAUUUUUUGGUUUCCCAUAUAACAAGAAAACCCCCUGUCAAAGUGACUUCAAGAUGGACUUUCCGUUGUCCGGGUUGUCCAGUAUCGCUGAGCGAAGAUGAUACACAUUUUCAGGAGAGACACAAAUGCAUCAAUUUUUUCACACAGGUAUUCGGGUACACUCCGUUAUUGAAUACUCAAUAUCGAGCGGAUUCAAUACUUUUCAAGACGAGAAUACCACAUGAUAAACAAAAGUGUUUUAAAUAUAUUUAAAAGUGAGAAUUCCUGAAAUCAAAUUCAAUACUUACUCGCCGAGAAAAGUAAUAUGUAGUUUGAAGUGAUACAAGCUAAUGAAUAGCUACAAGAAAAAAAUUCUUUUUUUUUUUAAUAUUUACUUGAUAUGUUAUUUUAAGUGUAAGUUUAAGAUCAUAUCUAAUUAUUUUAAUAAUACAGUAAAUUAGUAUUAAGUAGAUCAAGAAUUUAUUUGAUAAAUAGAUGCAAUGAUUUGAUAUAAGAAAUUUAUUUUGUAUUAGUACCUUAUUUUUUAACCCUUACUUUGUGUUCUGAUCUAUCAGUAGUCAUAAUUUGAAUUAAGUUUAAUAAAAGAAAACAAAAAUUUA